CCUCGACGCCUGGCUGAAGCUGAACGGCUCGUGCCCGGUUUCCAGGAACUUGCCGCUGCCAACCCUGCUGUCCACGCCGCUCUCGGAGGUCGUUUCACUCUCGCAGUACGCCACGGAUUGGAGGCGGAGGAGGUGAUAAGAUUUACUUGCCAAAGUUCGCUACGAGAUGAAUUGGACACAAAUGAAGCUCUGUUUCCUUUUGUAAACGACUCAAACUCUUCCAUUCUCUCUGUCUCCGCUCUCCCUAGUCCCUUGGCUCAUCUCAGCCAUGGCUUCCAAGCUCCUGAGCCAUAGCCAUCUCCGAGUCAUAUAUUCCUCCAACACCCGCAUUUGUUCAAACCCUACACGAGCCACUCGAGCGCUCCUCAACCUUAGGCCCUUCUCGGAUUCUUCUUCACCCCCACCGCUAGAGAUGCCUCAGUCCCACAAUAACACCAUAAACGACACCGGAAUGGGAAGAGGUUCUACUCCGUCUCUAUCGUCUUUGAAAGAGCUCGAACUCGUUAAAUUCGCUUCCAUUGCCGAAACCUGGUGGGAUUCUGAAGGUCCGUUUAAACCAUUGCAUGUGAUGAAUCCUACAAGACUUGCUUUCAUUCGCUCCACUCUUUGUCGUCAUUUUGGAAAGGAUCCUAACAGUGCUAGGCCUUUUGAAGGACUAAAAAUAGUUGAUGUUGGUUGUGGAGGUGGAAUUCUCUCAGAGCCUUUAGCUCGAAUGGGAGCUACAGUAACAGGAGUUGAUGCUGUGGAGAAAAAUAUCAAGAUUGCACGUCUACAUGCUGAUUUGGAUCAAGUGACAUCGACUAUCGAAUACUGUUGCACAACAGCUGAAACGCUGGUAGAAGAAGAAAGAAAGUUUGAUGCUGUGAUUGCUCUAGAAGUAAUUGAGCACGUAGCAGAUCCUGCUGAAUUCUGCAAGUCUCUAGCGGCAUUAGCUGUUCCUGAUGGAGCUGCUGUGAUAUCAACAAUUAACCGUUCUAUGAAAUCAUAUGCAACUGCCAUUGUUGCAGCAGAGUACCUCCUCCGUUGGCUUCCCAGAGGUACACAUGAGUGGUCAAGUUUUCUCACUCCCGAAGAACUAGUCCUGAUCCUUCAACGUGCCAAUAUUAGUGUCAGAGAGAUGGCUGGAUUUGUGUACAACCCCUUGACAGGAAGAUGGUCCCUAUCUGAUGAUAUUAGUGUAAAUUUCAUUGCUUUUGGUACAGAAAACAGUAAAUAUGAAAAUAAAUAAUUUUCUACUUUUAAUUUUUCCUUUGGGGGUGCUGAAUGAAUUCGGCUUGGCAAAUAAUUGUAAUAUUUUUGUUUUCCUGGGUUUAAGGCUUUAAGCUAUUGGCUCCAACUCGGUAAAAAAUGAGCUUUUACCUUUUCUUAACCAAUUUUGGUUAUUAAUUAGUUACUCAUUCAUUCCAACACUUGUUCUCUUUAGAAUUUUCUACAAUAACUAACAGUUGAUUUUAUA